CAUCAUUGUUUGAGGUCUGUUAUCGCUCUCUCCCAAAUAUCCUGUUUCUUCGAGUGGUGUCGAUCAGUAGAAAAAGAAAGACCAAUAGAAAGCUCUUCCUGCUGUUGGCUGACUUCACUUCCAGCUUUAGCACAAUCUCAUCCGCUCCAAACAGCGUUCAGCUCCACUGCAACUCACACACGCAACCGUAAAUACACAUAUUACAAUUAAAAGGGUCGUGAGUGAACGGGCGAUCCCUGCGCCACCAUGGCCAGCACCAUCAAGAUAUGUUCACGAGGCGGCGGGCUAGUUCUUUGUUGGUGACGGCGUCCUCGCGGGCAUGGGGCUGCAUUGUGGAACUGAUCUGAGAGCUUCGUUCUAGCGGCCAGUUUUUGCUUUGUGUUUCUUUAUUUGCUGUGUUACACAUUCAGACAUGCUGCACUACAUCUGCCCCAUACACUUGCAGACACGACUGAUUAUCUCUUAUACUGACUCGCAUUACAUCUCAUUGCUCCUCUGUUAAAAUAAAUAUAUAAUUUUCUGUACUUUUGCACAUGAGGUCUCUCUUUUUGUUACAGCCUUAGAGCCGGGUUGUAACAGUUGCUUCUCUCUGAUUGGACGAGAGCGUGUGGAGGCGCUGUCGGUGGUGAGUGAGGAUCCGUCUUUAUUUGAGUGUGCGUACGGAGCGUCUCUUUGUAAAGCAGACAUGACGGCAUCUGCUGCAACUGAAUACACACAGAAUAAACUCAGUCCCAGAGUGCAGCAGCAGCAGGACUGGAUGGCUCCGCCCACCGGACGCAUCACUGUGAAGAUGGAGUGCAGCAGCAGCAGUGCAGGAGGAGCUGCGCAGGUCAACGGCUGCAGAAGUUCUCCUGAUGACUGUACUGCGGUUAAAGGAAAGCUGUCAGUGGGUGAGAAUGUUCCGGUGAUGUUCAGUAACUACAUGGAGGACAAACACACACCACCUCCAAACAUGACCACCAAUGAGCGCAGAGUUAUCGUACCUGCAGAUCCGACUCUGUGGUCAUCGGAUCACGUGCGUCAGUGGCUGGAGUGGGCCGUGAAGGAAUACAGUCUGCCGCAGGUCAACGUGUCGCUGUUUCACAGUGUGGAUGGGAAGGAGCUCUGUAAGAUGACCAAAGACGACGUCCAGCGUCUCACCAGCAGCUACACGGCUGAUAUUCUGCUGUCACACCUGCAGUACCUGCGAGAGACUCCACUCCCUCACUUGACUUCAGAUGAUGUUGACAAAGCCUUGCAAAACUCCCCGCGGUUAAUGCAUGCUCGCAACACAGGAGGAGCCAGCUUUAUUUUUCCAAAUGCUCCCGUCUAUCCUCCAGACGCCCCCAGAGGUCCCAUCAGAGCAGAUGCCAGUUAUGACAUGGGCAGACGUGCUGUGUGGCCUCAGACUGUAUCUGCUUCUAAAGUUUCUCAGAGUUCAGCUACCAUCAUGACUAAAACUGAGGAUCAGAGAGUUCAUUUAGAUCUAUACCAGAUUUUGGGGCCGACCAGCAGCAGACUGGCAAAUCCAGGUUCAGGUCAGAUCCAGCUGUGGCAGUUUCUCCUGGAGCUUUUGUCCGACAGCUCAAACUCAUCCUGCAUCACAUGGGAGGGAACCAACGGCGAGUUUAAGAUGACCGACCCGGACGAGGUGGCGCGGCGCUGGGGCGAGAGGAAGAGCAAACCCAACAUGAACUACGACAAACUGAGUCGCGCUCUGCGCUACUACUAUGACAAAAACAUCAUGACCAAAGUCCACGGCAAACGCUAUGCAUACAAGUUUGACUUCCACGGCAUCGCUCAGGCCCUGCAGCCGCACCCGCCCGAGUCGUCCAUGUACAAAUACCCCACGGAUCUGUCGUACAUGAGCGCAUACCACUCGCACCCGCAGAAGAUGAACUUUGUGUCGCCGCACCCUCAGCCGCUGCCCGCCACCUCGCCCAGUUUCUUCGCCGCUCCGAGUCCGUAUUGGAACUCGCCCGCAGCAGGCAUCUACCCCAGCCCUCGCCACCCGCCUGCUCACAUGCCCUCACACCUGGGAUCCUACUACUAAACAUCUCGAGACAUCUGAGCAGAAUCAGACCAACAGAAACGAGUCGCCCAUCAGGCACUUACUGGAUUUAAAACAGCAGAAUCUACAGAACCGAAUUAACGAAGCUCUACGUAAAGAAGUGUCUUAUCUGUUAUCUGUGCCGGAUAACAUAAAACUGAAGGAGUUUCUUAUAUGCGGUCUGAGAAACGUCACAGAUCUGGUGAAGAAUGAAAUAAGAAUGUGAAAAUGUUGCUCUGCUUCAAACCUAACGAGCUGCCUUCGAAAACUUCAUCUUAACUGAAAUAAAAUCUCAUAAGACAUUUUUGUUUUUAUAGCACUUUUCACAAAACAAAUCAUCUUUAUAGAAGUUAUGCCUUAAUGUCCUUAAACCCUAAGUGAAAAAAAUACUUUGUUUUUCCACGUGUAGUAACGUCUCGUGCACGGCCGAGCAUACGCAUUACGACUGUUUUAUGAGACACUGUAAAAAAAAUAUCCUGGAAGUUUACAGCACAGAACUGGCAGCUGUAGUUGUUAUUAAUUUACCGUAAAAAAUACAGUGACCAUGUUUCAGGCAAUUACACGAUGUCAUUUUGGCACCUGUUUAUUUUACAGAUCACUUCCAUAUACAUUAUUACCAGUGUUGGGUAAGUUACUUAAAAAUAGUAAUCCACUACAAAUUACUUAUUAUUUCUAUUAAAUUGUAAUCAGAUUACUUUACUAAUUACGUCAUGGAAAUGUAAUCACAUUACUAAUUACUUUACUUUUAAGUUACUUUCUAAAACACUUUUCAGAUCAACAAAUUCAAAAUAAUUUCUAUAUUUCUUUGUUCAUUGUUACACACAAGUCAUACACUCAUCACCUCUCAUUUCUCCUUCACAAUGACUCAUUACGGGGCCGUAAUUAAUGUAUUCUACAUAAAUAAUAUAUUAGAAAUAAGCAUAACACUGUAAUGAACAACUAAUUGAAAGUCAGUACAGUAAUGCAUUAACUACUUUUUUGACUAAAAGUAAUAAGAUUACAGUAACUAAUUACUUUGGAUUACACUCAACACUGAUCAUUACAUGAUAUAAUGUGAUAUAAUACCAACCUAUGGGAAAAAGCAGUAAAAGUCUGUUUUGCACAUUUAAUCACCAUAGUAACACAGGUGCUAUAGCAAAAAGCCAAAUAAUGACUUACAGCAGUAAUGGACAAUAUAAACAGUGCACAAAACACCACCAGAGAAACACACAUGACACUAAAAUAAUGAAAUAACUAAACAACAUACUGUAAAAUUUAAAAUAAAGCUCCCCAAUGUACAUAACUGAUAACAAACAUUAAAAAGAAAAAAUAUAAUUAAAUGUGAUUGGUCACGCAGGGAUCUCUGGGAACACACAAUUAUUGUUUUUCACUGUAAUUUUUAACAAUAGUUAACCAUAAAAAAACAUGUGUCUUGUUAAAUUAAGAUAAGGUAAAUCAAACUUUUUAACCCUAAAAAAAUAAACACAAUUUGUUCAAUAUUAUACUGUAAAAUUACAUGUAUUGAUUAAUAUAUAAACAUUUUCACUGUACCUCAUUCAUAACAAUCAGUUAACCAAUCAACAGUUUUUUACUGCAGCAUUUUUACAUCUCAAAUGUUUUACAGUGUAUUCUUUAGCACAGUUAAUACCAGAUGUAUGCGCAGAAGAUGCUCACAGACAUGUUCUGUAAAACCAACACACAACGUGGAAAACCAAAGUAUAUUUUAUUCUUUAAAAUACAGCCUCUGUAGGCAGCUCACUAGGUGCUGAAAAAGAGCAAAUAUAACAUGUUGCAUUUGUGUAAAAAGGGCUAUUAAUUACAAAAACAUAGAUGCAUGAUCAAUUACUUAUUAAUCUAUAUGUUUUAUGCAUUAAACUACCUUAUUUUAAUAACAGACAUAUCAAAGAGAGUUUAGAAGGUGAGACGUGUGAGACAGACAGGUCAGAGGAGCAGACAGACAGGUGAAUGAGAUGAUGAGGUGAGACAGGUGAAUGAGAGAGGAACUGAAGUAUGUGAUCAUGAAGAUUUAUAGAGUUGGUAGUAAGUUGUAUUUAUCAGUAUUAUGCAGUUUAUAUGGUAUUAGAGAUCGUUCAGAGGAUAGUUGCCUUAAAGACGAUUCAUAUUUGUUUUGCUAUUUAGAAAACUGGAAUAUGAUUCUUUAAAAUGUUUUUUAAUGACCUCAAACUUUUAAAGACGGAGGUGGAUUUUUAUAAAUCGGUGCCUUACAGAAAACAGCUCCUCACACAGCUGGAGAGAUUUACCAAAGAAUACCAAUAUGUAUUAUUAUUAUUAAUAUUAUUAUUCUGUUCUGAGUCACAAACGCUGUGCGUUUGUUAGGUUGGAGUGUACAGUUCAGUGUUAUAUAUUCUUUUUAUAUAAUAGUUAUAUAACUUAUGCAUUUAAACACUACGAGUUGAUCUCAGCCAGCCAAAGACAUUUUAUGGUAGAUUUAUAUAACAGAGAAAUGAACCAAAGUGUCAAAACAGUCAUAUGCUUGUGGCUUUUGAAUGAAACUCAGUAUUAUCCGUUGUUUACAGUGAAAGCACAUGUGCUCAAACGUGUGUGUUUGUAUAAAUCGGGACUGGCGCAGCACACUCGUGUCUCUGUUCUACUGAAUCCAGAUCAGAUCAGAGAACGCCAUGAUGCUCUUGAGAUUGUUGACAAAGGGAAGAAAUCAUAUACUUAGAUCAAUUAUAUGGUUUUCUACUGAAUCAUUUUAAUAAACUAUUUUCAAAAA